AUGGAGGGAGAUGGGGAUAUGGGAGCGUGGGGAGGAGGGGGCGGGAGAAGCGUGAUGGGAAACUUGUGGAGAAACUGGAAGGUGAUUGUUGGUGAUGCGGGAACGAGGAAGAAGAGGAAGAAUAGGGAGAAGGGACAGCAGGAUAGGACCGGCGUUAAAGGGGCAACGGCUGACACACACGAAGAGGAUCAGGGAGAUUUGGUGCUGGAAGCAGAGGAGGAGGAGGAGGGGGAGGAGGAGGAGGGGGAAGAGGAAGAGGAUGAGGGGAGAGAGCAUUGGAGGUCUCUCCCCCUCCUGCGUGGGCAUUCGGGGUCCCCCAAUCCCUUGCUCCCCACAGGCCCACCUCCCUGGCCCCUCCACUCAACCCGCCUAUCCGCUCCUUCCCUCCAGCAGCAGCACUUACAGCAGCAGCAGCAGCAUCAGCAGCUUCAGCAGCAGCAGCAGCAGCAGCAGCAGCAGUUUCAUCUCCUCCCUCCCCGGGUUUCUUCCUCUGCCCCUAUUGGCGCCUCAGCAGCAGCAGCAGCAGCGGCACUCCGUCUUACCACUCACCACCCCUUGGAUCACCGCUCCCUGCCUCUCCAACCCAAUGGUUUGCCAUACAACAACGCCCCAACGCCUUUCUCCCAGAACCCUAUGCGUUCCGUACAGCAGCAAGCGGGUGCUUUGCGUGGUGGCGGUGGUGGUGCUGGUGGUGGAGGUGGUGGGGGUGUUGUGAUGCCGUUUGAUGAGCUUAAUAAGGUGCAUGGAGGGUUGCAGGGAACGCAUGGGGCCAUGCACUCCGGGGUGCAUUUUAUCAUGCAUCCCAGUAGCAUGCAUGCUGCUGCUGGUGCUGCCAUGCGUCCCACUGGUGGUAUGGUGAACCUGGCUGGGCCUAUACCUCCCGUUGGUGCCAAUGAUCCUGCCAGUGCCUUGCGCCCCCCCAUUCAUGGAAUUCACUUCUCUUCACACGCGCACGGGCACGCACAUGUGCACACUCGCGCACAUGUGCAUGCACAAGCGCAAGCGGUGGCAGCAGUGGCGGCAGUGGCGGCAGCGGCGGCAGCGGCAGCAACAACAGGACAGGGGUUUCCUCCUCCCAGAACAAGCAUGGCACAGCAACAGCAGCAGCAGCAGCAGCAGCAACAGAAGCAGCAGCAGCAGCAGCAACAGAAACAGCAGCAGCAGCAGCAGCAACAGAAACAGCAGCAGCAGCAACAGCAGCAGCAACAGCAACAGCAGCAUCAGCAGCAACAGCAGCAGCGGCAGCACAUACCUCCUCCUGACGUUGUUCUUCUGAUGCGAGGUUCCGGCCCUUUGAUUCUAAAUCAGCAGCGUCCCCCACUGCACGCCCUAGAACCACCCGACCGCCUUCCGCCCCAUGCCUUUCCAGGCUCUUACCCUGUCCCCAUGCACCCGCCGCUUCUCCCCCUCCACCUAUCCCCCUCCCCGGCCCACCCCUCUCGUGCUGCUGCCUCUGCUGCUGCUGCAGCAGCUGCGUUAAGAGGGGGGGGAACAGUGGGGACGGAUCGAGGGGGAGGAGAGCUAGGAGGAGGACGAGGAGGGGGAGGAGAAAGAGCGUUAUUAGGUUUCCCCCUCAUUUUUCCUUCACCCUUCUCCCGUUUCCCCCUUUGA